AUGGUGGUUAUCUUUGCCAUAUUGAGCAGCUCACAAGCCUGUCAACACAGGGAUACACUGCUUGGGAGCACUCUUGCGGUAGACUCCCUCAAUCGAAUUCGAAGUAGAAUUCAAAGUCCACAUUAUGGAGCAGCACAGGGAAUCACUCUCAUGCCAUACGUCACAUCGCAUGAAGAGAUAGUCACAGUGAUAUCAGUUCAGAGACCAAGUGCAUCCCUGUUCCAUCAACGCUUUGCAAUCUCACAGGAAGAGGCUCUACUACCGGUGCGCUGCCCUACGGCGAAUGCCACAAACGUGUCAUUAUCCACAACAAGCAAUAAGGGACAUCAGAACAGAGAUAGAAAUCGGCUACCAAUAUACACUCCAUCUGUAGAUCUGAGCUAUGACAAUAUGCAGAUUUACGCUCACUACACGAAGUGCGAGGUAACCCUUGCCAUCAAAUCAAGCUUACUGAUCAAUAGUGCGGAAUUCGUCAUAGAGCAACAAUGUCCCGUUGAGCUCAGCACCGUGAAGGGUUGCUACUGCUGUCAAGAAGGAGCUGAGCUCACAGCAUAUUGCACUACAGCACUUGAAUCCACCGUCACAAUCCAGUGCGAAAACUUAGCAUUUACGGUGGAGUGCGAUCCCUCCAAUAGAACAUCAAAAAUCGCACUACAAUUCGAUAAAUCCCUCUCGCGCAAAAAUGCUUUGUGA